AUGACAUUUGAUUGGACAACGAAAGAAAAAAUUGUUUUAUUAUCUGAUAUACUUGAAUAUGGUGAUCAAGUAGAAAGUUGGUCAACUAUUUCCAAUGAUCUUUCACGAACAUUUCCAACAAAUACUAUUUUAUCUCAAUCAAAAAGAGAUGGACGUUAUUCAAUUAAAAAUUGUAAACAACAAUAUCAACAUCUUGUUGAACGUUAUAAAUCUCAAUGGACGGAAAAUGAUUCAUCAAAUGGUUUAAAAAUACCUUUAGCUAAAUAUAUUUGGAUACAAUUAAAAUCUAUUUAUCAAGCUGAAUUAACAUAUCAAUUGAAUGAAAGUAGAAAAAAAUUAACAGAAUUUUGGCUUGAAGUUACAACAGCUAUUAAUAUUAAAUCUAAUAAUACAGUUGAACCAACACCUCCAUUGUUAACAACAGAAAUUACAACACCUGUUACAAUUACUCAAGAGAAUGAACCACAAGAAGAUAAACCCUCAACAAUAGAAAUUAUUUCUCAAGUGCCUAAAAUAGAACCAGAUAUACCACAAAAUGAACCCAUUCAAUCAACUUCACCUAGUGAAGAAAUACACCCCGCUUCAGUAAUAUUCGACAAUCCUAAAGAAGAAAGUCCAACUGUUACCGAUAUAAUUGCUGAUCAACCUCAAAUAAAAGAAGAACCACAUAUUGAAAUUCCUACUGAUAUUAUUCUUAAUGAUAUAGAUCAACAACCAGCAUCUUCAAUCUCACUUGAUUCAAAACAAAAUCUUUCUCUAAUUGAACAAGAUAUUUCGCAACCAUUACCGAUGGAUUGUUCUUCACCUAAUAUAAUAUCCGAUCAACAAUCAUCAACAUCUCAAUCAACAAUAAUUUCUGUUCCUCCUCAGAAUCCUUCAAUACAACCAGAUUCAGCUUCAUCAUCUCGAUCAACAUCAAGAACAAGCUCUGAAACAAAAACGGACGUUAUUAAAAUUAUUCCAACGACAACACCAAAAUAUCAUGUAUAUUUUUCUCCAAAAAAUUCUAUUAAUAAUAAUAAUGUUAACAAUCCACCAGCACCACUAACAACAACAACGACAACAACACCAAUAAAUAAACCUAAACCAAAACGAAAAAUAACUGAUGAUAUUAAAGAUGAAAAUGAAAAUGAAUCAAUAAGUCAACAAGAUCCUCUAUCUUUAUCAACAGAACAAUCAAAAUUAGUUUCAUCUACUGCUCCAAUAACUCGUCGUUCAAUAAAUACACGUUCAGUACCAAAUACAGCUGCUGAACAAGAAGAAGAAAAAUCUAGACGAUUCUCAGCAAUGCUUUCAGAAAAUCCUAAUAGUUGGCAAUCACAAUCAAUGGCUAUUAUUCAAUUUAUUCUUGCACACAAACAAGGAUAUUUAUUUGAACAAGAAAUAACAGAUGAAAUAGCACCAAAAUAUCAUCAAUUCGUUCGACGUCCAAUUGCUCUUGAUACAAUUCGAAAAACACUUGAAUCUAAUGAAUAUCAAUCAAAAGAUUAUUUUAAACGUGAUGUUUAUCUAAUGUUAUACAAUGCAAUGAAAUAUAAUCCACGGUAUCAUCAUGUACAUCGAUCAGCUAAACAAAUUUUUAAUCUCGCAGUUCCACUUUUUUAUUUAUCAGCACAAGAUAUUCAUGGACAAAUAACAACAAGAAAUAGUUUAUCAUUACCGACUACUACUGCCACUACUACUACUACUACUAUGACAAAUGAUAUGUCAUCUGUUAAACGUAAACGAAUAAAAGUAUAG